AUGACUGAUGGAGGUGGAGCUCAUACAAGUGAAGACAGUUGUGACCCUCAGGAGUUGAGGGUGUGUAGACGGAACACCUCGUACUGCAGUUGUGCCCGAGACUCGUUCAUGUUCGUGUGUUCGCCGUCGGCGAGUGAUCUCCUGCGUCGUAUGUCGUGGGUGUUAGCUCAGGACGUGGCUGCCUGCAGUCAGCACCCUCGAGCACAUUGUUCUGCUCCUCCUCCUCACACACAACGCAGACAACUCUCAGUCAUCUCGGUUCUGUCAGGACUUGUGCUCUUUCCGUACGGGUUCUGA